AACGCAACUGCAAAAUCACAAAACACCAAUACAAAUUCCAAAAAUAAUAACAAUAACAUCAAAAAGCUGUAACCAAAAGAUUAACCCAAGUCCAAAGCUGGGUUAUAAUCGGUUAUAAGUGGUAAAUACCAAAAGAAAAUCAGCUGAUAUGUGACGUCACAACUUCCCCUACUUUGGUUAAAACCGCGACGGCGGAAAUGCAUUGGUUAUAACCAAAUAAUAAUCAUUCCAGGCUGAAAAUCGCCUAUAGUAUUUAUCUCUGACGUUGACAUUGUCUACAGGCACAUCACUGAUCUAACCCUUUUAUUUGCUGUAUUUUGUUCAAGUUCCUAUAGUUUUCGUUAUAUUAUGAUAUCGUUAGUAUUUUUCUUGAAGGAUCUCUCGCUUUGCAAUUCCUUUUAAAUUAGCAUUACAGAUUCCUAAAAAAAAAAGGAUGAAGUGGAUUAUGUGCAAUUGAACGUUUCGCCACUAGAUGGCGGCACAUUAGCGGAGGGCUCCUAAAAUCCGAAAAAAAAACUGUCAAAGUCGGCGAAUAGAAAAAUUUAUCAAUUAAAUUCAGAGGCACAUUUUAUAAUAAUCAAGGAAAAACCAUGGAUUAACUAAAUUAACAAAAGGGUUGUUUAUUAAAUUAAACAUGGCAAAUACGGACGUGGCAGCGCUGGCCGCCGAUUUGGCGAGGGCGGUCGAACUAACGAUGAGCCCCAACGCCUCUCACGCGGACAGACUGAAGGCCUAUCAAGCUUGCGAGAGCUUCAAGGAAACGUCCCCGUUGUGUGCCGAAGCUGGUUUGUAUUUGGCCGCUUCCACUCAAAACUCACUCAAUUCCAGACAUUUUGGCUUGCAAUUGAUGGAACACACUGUUAAAUAUCGCUGGACCCAAAUUAGUCAGCAAGAGAAGAUUUUUAUUAAGGAGAAUUCGAUGAAGUUGCUUGCGGCAGGUGGUAUAAGUGAGGAGCCUCACAUGAAAGACGCUUUAAGUAGGGUAGUGGUUGAAAUGGUGAAAAGAGAGUGGCCCCAGCAAUGGCCCAGUCUUUUAAACGAACUGUCAGAGGCUUGUGCCCGUGGAGAAACACAAACUGAACUUGUUUUGUUUGUUUUUUUAAGAUUAGUUGAAGAUGUUGCCUUGUUACAAACUCUAGAAUCAAAUCAACGACGUAAAGACAUUUAUCACGCCCUCACAGCAAAUAUGGCACUAAUAUUUGAAUUUUUUCUAAGACUUAUAGAGCAACACGUCACUAGACUAAGAGCUCUAACUGAGCUGAAUGAUCCAAAAGUGGCGGCUCACACUAGAGUUGUCCAAGUAGUUUUAUUAACUCUAACAGGUUUUGUGGAAUGGGUCUCUAUGUCUCAUAUAAUGGCCCAAAAUGGGCGCCUGUUGCAAAUUUUAUGUUUGUUGUUAAAUGACAGCGCUUUUCAGUAUUCAGCAGCUGAAUGUCUAUCACAAAUUGUUAACAGGAAAGGGAAAAUUGAAGAGAGGAAGUCCUUACUGAUGUUGUUCAAUAGUGAUACUCUGCAAUGUUUGGUUGCUGUGGCAAAAACUCCCGGGACUGUUUUGGAUGAUCAGUUUUAUUUGUUUAAAAAAAAACUUAUUCAGGUCCUUAGUGGAUUAACAACACAAUUAUGCACCAUCUGGACCAAAGACCCCACAUUUAGACCAAUAAAUUUUUCCAUGUUCCUGGAAGCCGUUUUAGCCUACAGCAAUCAUCCGAGCUUAGUACUGGCCCACUUGGCCAACCCCUUGUGGAACAGCAUGCUAAAACACGAACAGGUGUCUCGAGAUUCGAUUUUUUUGCAAUACAUGCCCCAAUGGGUGCAAUGCAGCGCACCUAAAAUCAUCAAAUUCAAUUAUCCCACGGGUAAAAGCAAUGGAAUUCUAUCGGAAACGUUAGCUUAUGUCAAAGUGGAUUUUGACAGCGACGAGGAAUGGUCCAGUUUUUUUUACAGAUGCCGCGGAGAUUUUUUGGAUUCGUUUAGACAGGCAACUAUUGUGGCCCCAUUGAUCACCUUCAACUAUGCAGAACAGUGGCUGCAUAAAUGCCUGUCAGUGCCAAAUACAACUUACGGAUUAAAAUUCUCAGAUCCAGUUCAUCUAGAAUGGGAAGCCUUGGCCAAUUUUUUAGAAAGCGUUCUGAGCAGAGUCCUACAAGCCCCAGAAAGACCUCCGAUACCUUCAGGACUACGUUUGCUGCAGCUAUGCUUAACAUAUCAACCUAUUGACCCUCUAAUCAUAUCGACUCUUCUGAGUUGUAUCAGCGCGCUGUUUGUAUUUCUGAGCAUGUCCACCGGCCAAAUGGCUCCUUCAGUAAAUUCAGUGGCCGCUUCCGGUGCCGCCCUCUUGCCUCAAGUCUUGGAAAAAAUCUUCGCCACUCUAGUGUACAUUCCUAAAGGUGAAAAAAACGAACUAAACUCAAAACCGAUGCUAGGAGUCAGGCGGCACGCUACCUCUUUGAUUGUGAAAAUUGGCAACAAGUAUCCGUUGUUGUUGUUGCCCGUUUUCGAUCAGAUCAAAGCUACAGUGGAAAAUUUGUCUAGACCUGACAGUGUUGCUAGGUUGAGCAACAUGGAACGGGUGACGCUUUUGGAAGGUCUGUUGUUAAUUUCCAAUCAUUUUGGCGACUACGAGCGACAAAGUUCUUUCGCAGGCGAAAUUCUUUGUGAAGCCAACGCCCAAUUUCUCAACAUUGUAGCCACUGGAGCCCUAAAAGGCGCCCCCGAAUUCAUCAGCUUCGUCGGCCUGAAUAAACCCCCUCCAGACGAAUCCACCACCAACUUGAUGUUUUGCGUCUAUUUAGUCUUGGGUGCCAUCAAACGAUGUUCCUGGCCCGACGAUCCGGAACGCGCCACCAGAGGGGGCUUCGUCGUGUCCUUGACUGAAGCUGGAAAUCCAGUCUGUCGGAACCCGGCCGCACCUCACGUAGUGCCUCUACUACCUCACAUUCUUUCGCUGAUUAAAAUAUUUAAUGAGUUGUUUACGCCAGAGGCUCAAAGAAUCAUACAUAGUAGCUACAAGGCGUGUUUGGCGAUGCCCGAAACGGAAAAGUCUGUUUUAUUAGGACAAGUAGGGUAUUGUAGUGAUAAUGGUGAUCUGCAGCAGUUGGAUCAAAGUCCGUUUGAAAGGAUGCAACGGUUUUUGACUGGGUUGCACGAGAACUGUUAUCAUUUGAUUGGUUCUAUGGGGCCCUCGUUGGGCAGAGACUUGUACAAUAUUCCUGAUUUGGCUUUGGCGAUUAUUAAUAGCGUUUUGAGUUGUUUAGAGUACGUUCCUGAUUUUAGAUUGAGACCAAUCAUAAGAGUAUUUUUAAAAUCUUUUGUGUACUCUUGUCCAGCUCCUUACUACGAAAUGGUUCUCUUGCCAGUGUUGGCUCACAUUGCUCCCAUAUAUUUAAACAGGCUGCAAGGCAAUUGGCAAAAAGUCAUCGAGUUUCGGAAUCGAGAGUUGCAAGAAGAUAAUGCCGAUACUAAAGAGGUUCUAGAGGAUUUCCUUACUAGAGCUCUUACCAGAGAGUAUUUGGAUUUGUUAAAGGUGGCUCUGGUUGGCGGCAGUCUUACUCCCGAAUCCAGUACGGAUACAAUGGAGACAGAAGUGUUGAGUAUUUCUCCCACUCCAGCUUCUACUAGAUCCAGUUUGACUGCUGAAGUUAUUUCAGAUCUUGGUCUGAUUUUGUUACGCAACGAAAAAACCUGCCAACCGAUAGUCUUAUCAGUACUGGGAGCUUUGAGUUGGAUCGACAGCAAUGCCUCUUUGAAAGCCACCCAAUUGACGGGCCCCAUAGUGAGACAAUUGACUGUUGAUGCUUCACUCAAUGGCGAAAUGGCCACUCACAUUAUGGCCGCUAUUUUGAACGCCCUAAUUUUGCACGGACAACACGAAGCGAAUCAGGGGGCGCUGCUAACUUUAGGCGCUCAAAUUUACGAAAUGUUACGGCCUACUUUUGUGGAAGUUUUAGGGGUAAUGCAACAAAUUCCUGGAGUGAAUCCAGUUGAUUUGCAAAAGUUGGACGAACGUAUUUCAGGUACUACAAGCAAAGGUAACAAAGUGGAAAAAGUUAAAAAAGACCUGUUUAAAAAAUUGACUGGAAAUUUGAUAGGUAAAAGUAUGGGUCAACUGUUCAAAAAAGAAGUAAAAAUUAACAAUUUGCCUCAGAUGGCCGUGUCUAUAAAGGACAGGCCUGAUAUCGUACCGGAUCUGCGCCACAUCUACUCCAGCUAGUGAAUAUGCCAUAAUAUUUAUUUUAAUUACAAUUUCGUGUCCCUGAAGUUAGGGACAAAAAAACAUCAUUCCUAUAUGAACUGGUACUAGUUUGAGAGAGGGGUGGUGUAGGUACUCAAAUUUUUACAUAAUUUAUAGCGUUUUCUCUCAAUACACCACUGUGUAAGUUUUUUUUUUUGGAAAUUUACAUAAGAUUGCAUUUUUUUUUCUAGUUGUAUAUAUAAUUUUUUUGUUUGGUAUUUAUUUAAAAAAAAAAAAUAAUAAUAAGAAACAAUUGGAUGAUACCACCUAGUUUGAAUACUCAAUACCCAUAA